AUGCCAAGGGGCUUCCUGGUGAAGCGAUCUAAAAGGACAGGCUGUGCGUACCGAGUGCGCCUAGCCCAGCGGGUCUUCCUCAAACCAGAGCCCCAGGGGGCGCCGCCCUUUACCAAGGAGGCUUCCAGUGCCCCCCAGCCGGAUGCAGAGCAGGCGGCACCCCCUAGCCCGGAGGAGCCCAGAAAGGGGCUGGAGGAGGAAGCGGCCAGGGAACUGUUGGGGUCGCCUUGUCUGGCAGCUGGGGUGAGCCCGGGGGUGGAUGGGCGGGAAGGUGCAGAGUGGAGGGUGGAUGGCAGGGAGAGUCCCAGGGCCAGCUCCAGCCCCGCAAAGCCGGUGGGCGUGGAGCUGCGCCGGGCGUUUCUGGAGCGCUGCCUCAGCUCACCAGUCUCCGCGGAGUCCUUCCCCGGGGGCGCUGCUGCCGUGGCCGCUUUCUCCUGCUCAGUGGCACCAGCAGCCGCACCGACCUCGGGGGAGCAGUUCCAGCUGCCGCUCCGGGCACCGUUCCCAGAGCCUGCGCUCCAUCCGGACCCCGCGCCCCUCUCGGCCACCCUGCACGGCCUAAAGCGGACCGCCGCUGGCGACCGCCGCGCCAAGGCACCUCUGAGCUGCGUGUCUGGUCCUGCGGCGGCCGCAGGAGUCAAGAAGCCAAAGGCCAUGAGGAAGUUGAGCUUCGCUGAUGAAGUGACCACAUCCCCUGUCCUAGGCCUGAAGAUCAAGGAGGAAGAGCCCGGAGCCCCGUCCCGGAGCCUGGGGGGCAGCCGCACGCCGCUGGGGGAGUUCAUCUGCCAGCUGUGCAAGGAACAGUACGCGGACCCCUUCGCGCUGGCGCAGCAUCGCUGCUCCCGUAUCGUACGCGUGGAGUACCGCUGCCCCGAGUGCGACAAGGUCUUCAGCUGCCCAGCAAACCUCGCCUCCCAUCGCCGCUGGCACAAGCCACGUCCCGCGGUGACAAACGCUGCCACAGUCUCGAUGGACCGGAAGCUUCCUCCUUCGUCCUCCCCGGAUUCCGGGGCUGUUGCUUCUUUUCUGGCGGAGGGGAAGGAGAACAGCCGGGCAGAGCAGACUGAAAAUCAGCACCUGCAGGCCAGGGACAGCUCCGGGGUGGAGCAGCGUCCCGACAGCGCCCCAUCCCAGGGCCUUCAGGUGUUGUCCCAUCUCGAGGCACCGCUGCCUCGGGUCCCCUACACGGAGGGGGUAUUGGGGCAUCGGCUGCCGGGGCCAGGCAGUGCCAGUGGUAUCGGGGGACACGAGAUCUUCGUGUGCCCCUAUUGCCACAAAAAGUUCCGUCGCCAAGCCUAUCUGCGCAAGCAUCUGAGCACUCACGAGGCGGGCUCGGCCCGCGCACUAGCCGCAGGCUUUGGCUCCGAGCGCGGUGCCCCAUUGGCCUUCACUUGCCCACUGUGCGGGGCACACUUCCCGUCCGCAGACAUCAGGGACAAGCACCGGCUGUGGCAUGCUGUCCGGGAGGAGCUGCUCCUGCCAGCUUUGGCUGGGGCACCUCCUGAAGCUCCCAGCCCAGACGGGGCAUCCGAUGGGAAUGCGCCGCAAAUUUUCUCUUGCAAGCAUUGCCCGUCCACUUUUUUCAGCUCUCCGGGGCUGACUCGGCACAUCAAUAAGUGCCACCCCUCAGAAAGUCGGCAGGUACUGCUGCUGCAGAUGCCACUACGGCCAGGCUGUUGA